UGGAUGGACCAUUGGUCUUACCCAGUAUGGUCGUUCUUAUGUUCUUUGCGACUACCUCUAAGAGGACAUGAUGAGUCAUCAGUGUCAAAUGGAAAAGCUGAACCAGGGCUCCGAAGACCCGCUGAAGAGGCCAGUGGUGUAUGUGAAGGGGGCCGAUGCAGUCAAAUUGAUGAACAUAGUUAACAAGCAGAAAGUGGCCCGAGCAAGGAUUCAGCACUGGUCCCCCCAGCAACCCACAGAGUACUUUGACAUGGGGAUAUUCCUCGCCUUUUUUGUGGCGGUCUCUCUCGUUUGCCUCAUUCUUCUCAUCAAGAUCAAACUGAAGCAGCGACAUAGUCAGGGUAUGUGGACCCUGAACCGGGGUUAA